CUGCACUAGUGUAGCAGUGUUCACCUUUUAGGACAGAAAUGGCCUCAACAGAGGGAAACACUCAGACAUACAAGCUGACUUCUUUUGACAAUGACAUCAAUCAACACUUCCAGGAUGCAAUUGAUGUGAUUCAACAGCAUUCAAGUAAUUCAUAUUGCGAUUCAGAGUACACAUAUUAUGAGACUCUGGGUACCCAGCAGCCGUCACUGCAGUGUCAAAUCUCCUGCUGUUUCGUCACCCGUCAGUCUGAAGUACCAACUCCACUAUAUGAUUGGAAUGACAUGGCUCAGCAAUCUUGGCCUCAGGUCAUCCCUGAUGUCUCCUUGGGUCACUCUGUGCAAAAUGAAUCGCCUCAUUUCUACUCAAUCUUACCACCGCAGAGAACAAGCAAAGGUCGUAAGAAGCUCAGACUUUAUGAAUACCUCCAUGAGGCUCUGAAUGACCCCAACAUGGGUGACUCAAUCCAGUGGACAGACAACGGCAGCGGCACCUUCCAAUUCAUCUCCAAGAACAAGGAGAAGCUGGCUGAGUGCUGGGGCCAACGCAAGGGCAACCGCAAGACCAUGACCUAUCAGAAGAUGGCGAGGGCUCUGAGAAACUACAGCCGCACCGGUGAGAUCAUCAAGGUGCGCCGCAAGCUCACUUACCAGUUUAACCCAGACAUCCUGCACAGGCUCGGCUCUGCGCAGGCGUCCAUGCACCUGCCCUGCCGCCCUGCACAGGAGGAGGCCCACACCCGGCAGCUGAACCCCGCUGAACAGAGCUACAGCGGCCCUGCGGCAGCGGACUGGCACAGCUGGUACGGAAACUACCAGCUGCAGGAAGACUAUGAGCUGUCCUCCAGCUUCACUUCACACAGCCUAACCAAACUAUGAGCUGGAGGAUGGUUUAAUCACCGAGGGCCAAAAUCCUUUUAACAGUCUGAAAAGGUUUUCAAAGACUUCAAUUCUUCUACUCUCAAACCUUUUUGAGAGUCCACAGUCCUCACAUGUGAUUACAGCUUAUAGUGGGACUAUAACUGUCAUAAACAGUAACACUUUUUUAUAUAUUUCUUGUUCCAUGUAAAGGAGUAUUACUGUAAAUGUAUAUGUAAAUACUUAAAAAUAUGAUGGGUCCAUAUUCAGUCAGUUAAUGAUAUUUUAUGUCAUAAUCGGACUAUUUUGGUCAUUUAAAGUAAAAAAGUUUUUGUGGAUUUAUCCAGUUGAAUCUAUCACUGUAAAUUAACUGUAAAUACUUUAGGACUAAAAUAUGAAUGAGAAAAUUCUCUAAGUUAAUCAAGAAAAGUGUUUUUUUUUCUUUACAAAAUGCUUACAUCUAAAUAAUAAUUCCAUGGAUAUUAUUUAAAACAUGUAUCAUUUAGACAUCUAUUAAUUAAUGAUCUGAAUAUAAUUUCAUUUGACUGUUGCUAACAUACAUAUUGUAGAGCGCACUUUUCUACUGCGCACACCCGCAUUUAAUAAAGCACUUACAAAAAAUAAAAACAUAUGCCACCAAACAUGCAGGAUGUAAUUUUUUUAGUAGACCCUGAUGAAUUAAAAGUUCCUCCUAUAUUCCUACAAAGAACUGUAAAAAAAUAUAUAUAAUAAAACUAUCUUUCUCCAAAGUAUUGUGGGAUACAUUAUUAAAAGGCAUUUAGAAAUAAAAGAUAAAAAGUUAAAUCUGUUCAGAUUUUAACAAUUAAGACAUUUUGCAAUAAAAUUAAAUACAAAUCAUAAUCAUGUACUAAUAUUCUGUAAUGCGAAAGUACUGUUUUGACCCCAAAAGACAGUGGAAGAGGUCAUAAAAAUUAAUUUAUACCAAUAAUAACAAUUUAAAAGUUUAAGUCUACGGCUCCAGUUGUUACAACAAGCAACCAGAAAGAAGCAUUAUGUCUGAUGACAUGGAAAUCUUGAUACUUUUCUUGAUAAAACGAUGUUUUGUAGACUUAUCAUAUUAUAUUUAAUGUGUAUUAGUAAAUGUUUGUUCCUAAUAUU